UCAAUAAGAGCAUUUUAGACUUUCUUGCUUCCCAACCCCGCGCUGCGCACGCACUAUUUGACUGACUUGACAAACUGUCGCUUUGUUGCUAUCGACUUUGGGAAAGCUAAACACCACCGCCCCCGCUUCACGACUUCAACACCACCACCACCAGCUUAAGCCUCGAUUCGGUGGCUGUGAUAACUUCGAUCACCUUGUCAACAAAACCUUUUUUUUCUCUCUCUCUCUCUCUCUCCCGAUAACCACCCCCUCCAGCCCAGUGAAAAUGUCCCUCCUCCACGGCGGUUGCCAAUGCGGUCGGAAUAUCUACAUUGUGCAAUUCCCCAAACAAGAAACACCGUCUUCUUCGACGGGUAGUCAAGCUGCUCGUCUGCUGUUUAAUCAACGCCACCCCCUCACCCCCCUCCUCCGCGUCCCCCUCUCGUCCUACCGCUCCCUCACCCUCCCCGUCCUCCCAGACGAGUCCCACUCGUUGAUUCACCGGUCUUAUACACCCCCCAACGCACCGAAUACUCUGCAUACGUUUUGCGGGUACUGCGGGACGCCGCUGUCGUAUCACACUUCGAGUCCUGAGGGGGAGGGGGAGUAUAUACAAGUUACUGUCAACUCCCUCUGGGAGAGCGAUUUGGGCAAGAUUGAUAACCUGACUGGUACGUCGCCUGGUGAUAGUGAUGCUGAGGAGGAGGGAAAGGGACAAACGGGGAUUGAUGGGUUGGAGGUGAAAAGGGGGAGUGAUUGGUUUGAGGGGUUGGUGGAGGGGAGUAGAUUGGGGAGGUUGAGGAGACGGGAGAUGAGGAGGGUUGUGAGGGAAGAGAGGGGAGCCCGGGGGGUUAGAAGGGUUGAGUAUGAGAUUAGCGAGUGGGUUGAUGGGGAGGAGCUGGAGGGGGAGACUGAGGGGGAAGGGGGGAGGAAGAGGAAGUUUGAGUUGGCGGAGGGGGGUGGUGGGAGGGAGAUGGGCAGUUGAGGGGGGGGCAUGAUGGUGAGGUUGAUGGUGACCGGUAAAAAAAAGGGGGCGUGGUUGUGCUAAGGGAACUCAGUUGGUAUUGCUUGGGUUGGUUUUUCUUCGGUAUGGUGAAUCGGGGUCUUAUUGAUCAUCUCUUCUAGAGAGGACAACAGUACAGGUGGGACGUUGUUUGCAGAGAGAGGGAGGGAGCAUAUCUGGAGUUUAUUACACAGUAAUUAUCACGUCUUUAUUACGAGUUGUUGAAAGAGAGAACUAACUUACUUUACUUAACUUUACCGUUUGUAAGAAUAAUGUCAGGUGGUUGUCUGGUUUUGGACCAACAUCAAGACACAAAUAUGGCAACACCAAGACACCAGACAGGAACAAUCAAAACAAAACAAGAUGUUGGGUCACCGCCAGAGAAUAUAAUCAUCGGAACGAAUUACCGUCUCUCUCUCUCUCUUUCUCUCUCAACCCGAAGAUAUCCCGAAGCAAGUGCUCGGCUGAGUAGAUCGUAAGAUAAAUUCAUGUAGGUCCGGCU